UCGAAGUACUGCCACAAACCUAGAGAACCUACAGUGGGAAUUGAUAGAUUGAUAUCGAUCACUCGAUACGGUAUGACAGGGUCAGGCUCAAGUUCAGGCUCAGGCUGCGGAUCUCCUUGUGGAGCAUGCAAAUUCUUGAGGAGGAAAUGCGUCCAAGGUUGUGUGUUUGCCCCGUAUUUCUGCCACGAACAGGGGGUGACCCAUUUCGCAGCGAUUCACAAGGUCUUCGGGGCAAGCAAUGUUUCUAAGCUCCUCACUCACCUCCCCGUGAGUGACCGUGCUGAAGCUGCUGUCACGAUCUCGUAUGAAGCUCAAGCUCGGCUCCAUGACCCUAUCUACGGCUGUGUCUCCCAUAUUUUUGCUUUACAGCAACAGGUCGUGAAUUUGCAAGCACAACUCGCUUCUCUCAAGGAGCAAGCAGCUCAAAGCAUUUCAAAUGCCAACACAUGCGCAAACCCUAACUCGAGAUACCAUGGGAAACUUCCCUCGCCUACUCAAGAUUGGCAAAGUUGGGCUCGUCAUAUCCAGACCCAAAGCAGUCCACAAUACGAUCCAAAUCAUAAUGGUAGUCCUUCUUCAAUUGCUUUCGGAGGAAUUGGGUUUCCGAAUUCAGACUCAGUGAAUUACGAAAAUUCUGCCGUCUCAGAAGAGAAUGCUUCAUUCACCGGCUACAGGGAGGCCUCCGGAUACUCCAUACCUUACCUUGAUAUGGAAACAAGCAACGAGCAAUGGACUCUGGACGACGCAGAUGACCUUCGGACGAUUGCAUUCCGAUAUUCUCAAAAUUCAUGAGGAUUCCAAACUCAAUUUGGUGAGAGAUGCAAUUCUCAUGGAAGACAAAUCAAUCGUUCCUGGUUUUCGGUUUUUUGUUCGGUCUCUUCUUUUAACCUUUCCUGACUUAAAUCGGAGAUAGAAACCCUAGAACUAUAUUUUCUUGGAAAUAUAGAAAACAUACUAUUGAUCACCCUUCUAUCUGUUUCUUUAAUCUCCAUAGUCUAAAAUAGAGGCAGAAUUUAAAAGACUUGAUUCCUUUCAAGGAAGCUUCUGCUCGCAAUAGACUUGUUUUGACCCUAUAACUUCCUACCUCAGACCUAACCUAACUGGUGAGACCUAAUGGAUAUUGACUGAAUUGGGCGUGGUUUCCUACUUUUGUCUUUUGCACAAUUUUCUCUUAAAGUCACCAAAAGAUUAAUUUGCAACUUAACAAGCUUAUUCACCUGUCCAAAGAAAGAAGAAUAUAUUUCAUCCUAAAAUCAAGAUACAAUUGAAACACCUGUUAUUACAACAUCUGGUUAUUUUUUUGGCUUACAAAAGAGACGUGGAGAGAUAGAUGAAGGAGAAAUAAAGGAGCACAUGGAUACUGGAUUAGUGAGAAUCGAACUCAGAACCCUCUUGACUCUAGGUGGAGCACAAUGUCAUAGUGUCA